AUGGCAGGAAAACAGGAGCAGGCGGAAAAUGCUACAAUCAAAGCCAAGGUAUCUAACGAUAUCGUAGAAAUGUACAACAGAAACAUCCCGCUAUUCACAAAAGAGAGUAUGCUACAAAUCGCCAUGCAGCUUGAAAAGUACAGAGACUAUGAGCUAGAAUGUAUUCAGCUCCACCUCACUAAUAUGAAGGGAGAAGAUGUCGAAAUUACCCUCGACCCAAACAAGCCGCCAGUUUGGGUAGAUAGGCGGUGCAACCAUGGUUACAAACGUGUUGGCCCGUACAUAUACUACCGUUCAAUACAAAACAUCCUCGCUCAGGAAGACAUGAUAGCUCCCGACCCCCAGAAAGCUUGUCUCGGAAUAGGGGUUACGUGGCCAGGCCCAUGCCCAGCGGUACACCGCUACAAGAUGCCUUCACUCGAUGCAACUCUAUCCGCCGUCUUCUCUACAGCGGAGCUAGGUCAAGUAUUCAACAGCGUGAGACAGCAGUGGGAGACGAGCGAACAGUACAACCAGCUCAAAAAGCUACUCAAGUCGAAAAGAACCCAGUUAUCCAGCGUCAAGAAAGUCGUUGCUUUCGCCCUGGGCACGCUAACCAAUGGCUCGAGGAUUUCAAACCCGUCGAUGGUCCAGCACGCGCUUGUCCUCAGUCUCCAGCAGAUGCUGUCGAAGACGAAAGGGGGCGACAACAGGAUCUCCGGGAUAUUCCAGGCCAUUAAGGGCUCCUUGUCGAAGAGCAAGGCGGCUGGGCCUCCAAUCCCGUGUUUUGCGCAAGAUCCGGCUUAUUUGCCCCGAGACAAGACGGUCUUGUCGGAGGCAGGAAUCACGGUUAUAGAGGACCCUUGGGCGUUUUUGGAAGUGGACCAUACGAGUCUCGUGGUGUCUGUUGAUCCUAACAUUCCCGUGCGACAGAUCAUCGCUGAUAUCGCACGUCCUGCGGCCAUUAUCCAACACAGAAUGAUGGAGAUGAAUGGGCCAAAAUCCCUAGCUUGUGCUGAUCACUCAUCCACGCGAGUCCAACGGAUGCUGGAAGAUGAGUACGACGAGGAACAUAUGGCAUAUCAUGAGUCUUUGCACGAUGUUGUCAUGUACAUCAGAAAGCCCAUCCGCGAGUAA